UCAAUAAUUUACAGUUUGCCACAAAGAUGCAUCCAACGGAAUUGGGACUGGACUCAAAACCUCUGGGAGUACGAACGUCGAAAACCACAAUGUCACACCCCAUCCAUCAACGUGGUCAACUUGCCACAGUUCCCACCACCCAUGUCAUUCUACCAGACAAGUCCAAGAAACAGCCGGUUUUUAGCAAUGACACAGUGCUUGUAACUACGGUGAACGCUCCAAGAAUUCUAUCUGACGUUUCAUGUCCCUACGUGGUUGUCGUGCGGUCACAUUUUUUGAUAGAAUCUUAGCCCGGAAUCUUUCUUCUGUCAAAGCCACCGUACCAAUCAUUAGACUUCCAUGACAUAAUAUUCUUUGUUCACUAAAUUCGGAACAGACUCUCCACCACCAUGAAAUUCAGCACUCUAUUGGCCAGUGGCUUCUUUGCCGCCGCCGUUUCGGCUUUCCAGCCCGCCUUCAACACAGGUGUCGCUCAUACUCGAGGACUUGCUGGGCCGCUCUCGGUGGCUACAUUCACUGGAACCGUUGAUAUCCAGGAGACAGCACAGAGAGAUGUCUACACCAUGCAAGACUGGGCUCGAAACUGUGGAGUGCAGACGGCGGAAGGAUUUGAGCUGACAACAAAUGAUGGGUAUGAUUGGAGUGCCAUGACCAACCAAUACAUUCCGGCUGGAACUCCCAUCCUCUAUGUACCUCAGGGAUUGGUCAUUUCGUCGAGUGAUGUCGAAGGUGAAUUUGGAGGCAACCUGUUGGCCGCCGAGAACAUGUUGUCCCAAAACGACGAAACAGCCAAGCGUCUCCCACUAUUUCGGCUGAUGGUCAAGAUCUUGUCCGAAUACGAACAAGGCCAACAAUCGCCCUACUUUCCUUGGCUCAACUCGUUGCCCCGACUGUUCUACAAUGGUGUAGCCAUGACUGAUGCCUGCUUUGAUUGCCUUCCACCAUAUGCCGCUGCGCUUUCGAUGCAGGAAAGAAACACUUUUUCCAGAUUCUUGAAUGUGCUCAAGAAGGGAUAUUUGCCUUUGAGCCAAGAAACUCUGGAAAACGACGACCUAAUGAGGUGGGCAUACAAUGUGGGCCUCACGAGGUUCACCGAAGUGUGGCAACCUGUGAGGGCAAAGAAUAUCGCUCCCUUGGCUGAUAUGUUCAACCACGCUACCGAUGCCAAUGUUGCCCUCACAUAUGACGAAUAUGGAAACUGCAUGGCCACGGCCCUGCAAGAUAUUGCUCCGGGAUCACCUCUCACCAUCUCACUUGGUGAUCCCUCCAACCCAACACCCUUGUUUGCAAAAUAUGGGUUCCUUUACAAUGACAGCCCAACCAUCUUUUGCAAAGCUGUUCAGCUUGAGAACCAAAUCAAGGCUCUGGGUUAUGACUUCAAGGAUCUGCUGUUUUUCACUCAAACAGGCGAAAUUUCACCAAAGGUCUGGGACAUCUUUCUGUACUCUCUCCUUGAACAAGACCCCAAUGGUGAAGGCUUCUUUGCUGCUUGCAAGUCCAACGACGAAGCUACAAAGCAGGCAUACCACGGGCAAUACUUUCCAUACACGUUGGAUGCUGUCAAAGCACAUGUGGGCAAUAUCCUUCAAGACAUUGACGUGCUCACCAACAAGGCCAACUCUUACGAUGUCAGGACUCACCCGCGAGUUCCCGUCAUUGUGGCCCACAACGAGCUUGUCAAGAGCACUUUCAUGUUGGUUCAACAACAGCUCAAUGCCAUGGGAUAAAAAAUGAAGUGUCCAACCGAAGAAAGAAAGUUUUCAGUCACAAAGAGUACAUAAUGAACAUACCGACUUGUUAUAACACCAAAUAAGAGAAAGUUGUAUAAGUU